AUGGCUCAAGUGCCCGACGGGGCAGCAGGAGCGGCUGCUGGCGUGUUGAUAUGGUCUUCCAUUUGCUUCCUGAGCAAUUGUUUGUUCAUAUGGCUGCUCUGGGGUGCUCAAGAGAGACGCAGCUUCAUAUUCUACAUUUCUUGGAUCACUCUCCUCGCCACAGCUACGAGUAUCAUCUCCCAAGCCAAUGACUGUUUACAUUACAAAGAUAUCAUGUGGACGAGGCUCAGCAUAGCGCGAGCCAGCCCCGGCAGCCCCGUACCGGUCGCAACGAAUGGCUGUACCGGAGUUGAUCUCGCCAUGGCGUGGAUUAGAUGGAGUUGUUACGUCGCUGAGGCUGGCCUCGCUUGUUCCUGGGCAUCCAACCUCACCGCGGCUGUGUAUGGGUGGAAUACGAUCCCACGCGUUCAACGACAUCUCAACAUCAUCAGCGAGCUGGGCAAAGUGAUUCCUAUCAUGGCUGUCACAGGGUCCAUGUGCCUCCUCUAUAUCUGGAGGAUCCAGCAGUCCUACUGGUGGUAUUACUUCGUCGUGAACUUUUGCUACUGCUUCUUCCUGAUCGUCGCCGAUAGCAUGAUGUUCCUCAUCCUCAUCGAGUACCUGCAGACCCACCUCCUCCUCCGGCGCAUGAACCACCAGCAGCGCCGUGACUACGUAUGCCAGGCCUCAGACAUACCCACCCCCCACAGCAGGUCCGACUCAGAAGGAACAAGCAUCUUCACCACGUCCCGCUCACGAAGCUUGCCCGGGUCGCACUUUGGAGCUCUUCAGCAGCGGGAGGGAGGAAUAUACGACAAGUACCUCAUUGUGCGGACCUUCACCCCCUUGCUUAUGUUGAGCUUCUUCGAAGUCUUCAACAUCAUGGCCAGCAGAACCCAGCGCGAAAAGUUCCAGCAGCUGGCGCAGGCCACCGCCCCCGACCUGUCGGCCUCCACCGCCCGGGCCUGGUUCGCCAGCUACAUCCCAGGCUGCCUCGCCUCCCUCGUCCUCCCCCUGGCCUUCGCCACCACGCGCAACUUCUCGGAGCGCCUGUACCUGACCUUUGUGCCCGAGCACUUCCAGUCCUCCGAGAGGCGGCGCAAGUUCUGGCAUGCCAGCGAGCUGGUCUACGCCGCCAUGGACAACGACAAGGGCAUCCUGUCGCGCCAGAAGCGGCUGCUGAUGGAGGACCGGCUGCAGAUCGAGGUCACGUACGAGUUUGAGGUGCGCUCCGAGAAACCUGCGAGCCGCGAGGCGGUCGCCGAGGUGAUUGGCAAGGGCGGGAGCGCGUCGUAUCCGUAUAAUGUCGAGGAUCACAAAUGGGGCGAUACCGAGAGGAUAUUGCCCAGGAGGCCGAGCGUGUCGUUCGUCGCCCCGGGCCGGAGCUCACGUGGACCACCAGGGUGA